AUGUUCAGAAACAUCGCCCAGCGCUCUUUUCAGAGAUUCAACUCGCACGGUCACGUGUCCAAGCUCAUCAAGGAGGACGCCUUCAAGAACCUGUACAACAAGGAGGCCGGCGAGGCGUUCAAGAAAGCGCAGUACGAAAAGGCCCACCAUUCGGAGGGCAUCACCGAGUUGUGGAAGAAAAUCACCUUCUACGUGGCCUUGCCCGCGGUGCUUUUGACUGCCAUUCCUAUUCUCAAGACUGAGCUCGAGCACGCCAAGCACAGAGAGCAUUUGAGACACUUGUCUGACGAAGAAUGGCCUGUCCAGUACGAGUACCAGAACUUGAGACAGAAGAAGUUUUUCUGGGGUGACGGCGACAAGACGUUGUUCUGGAACUCGGACGUCAACAGACACGUGGAGUAA